AUGAGUGACAAUAUUAAAGUAGUUGUCAAAGUUAGGCCGUUGAUUUCUCGUGAAAUUGACGAGAAAUUAUCAUAUCAAUGGCGCGUAAAAAGUAAUACAUUAUACCAACUUGAUCAGAAUGAACGAGAGAUCGGCACCAGAUACACUUUUGACAAAGUUUAUGAUGAAGACACUAAAACCACGGAGGUUUUCAAUGAUAUCGCUAAACCAAUCGUGGAAGCAGCAAUAUCUGGCUUCAAUGGAACAAUAUUUGCCUACGGGCAAACUUCUUCAGGGAAGACAUACACCAUGUCUGGUACAGACGAGUCGCCUGGUAUCAUUCCGAUGGCUGUGUUACAUUUAUUUGAAAGAAUAAAAGCUAUACCUGAUAGAGAUUUUUUAGUUAGAGUAUCGUACAUAGAAAUCUACAAUGAAGCUUUGAAGGAUUUGUUGAAGGUUGAUAAGAAGAACAUUAAGAUCCAUGAGACUCUUCAGGGGGUUAAAGUUGACGUCACUGAACGGGUCACAAGUUCACCCGAAGAAGUGCUUGAUUUUAUGAAAGAGGGAGAAGCCAACAGACAAACUGGUGCUACAAAUAUGAAUGAUGAGAGUAGCAGAUCUCAUUCCAUUUUCCAAAUAACAAUAGAGUCUCGUGAGCAUGUAGAAGGUGAAAAAGAAGGGGGAUGUGUUAAUGUAUCACAACUCAACUUGGUGGACCUAGCUGGUUCCGAAAGAGCCGGCCAAACGGGAGCCACAGGCCUCAGGUUCAAGGAAGGCACACACAUCAAUAAGUCACUAUCUGUGCUAGGUCUUGUCAUCAAACAAUUGUCAGAGGACCCUAACAAAUACGCAAACUAUCGUGACAGCAAACUCACUCGUAUACUACAGAACUCCUUGGGAGGCAAUGCUAAAACGAGCAUUAUUUGUGCCAUUACACCAGCUUCUGUUGAAGAAACUAUAUCUACUUUACAAUUCGCAAACAGAGCGAAGGCAAUAAAGAACAAACCAGAAGUGAAUGCAGUGGCAACAGACGCCACUAUGAUACAGGGAUUGACCAAGCAGCUGUCCAAAUUGCAGGCACAGCUUGAAAGCAAGAAAAGCAUUGAGCAAGACAACGCAAACCUUCAAAAGCAGAUAGCAGGACUGCAGAAGUUGAUACUCAAUGGAUUUGCACAAAAUAGUACUAUACUUAGCAACACCCGCCGUAAACUUCAACAGCCACGCAGAGUCACUAUACAUUCUACAUUACAUACUGUCGAUGAAGAUUCUGAAAUUAUUCCUACAAUACCUAAGUUUUGCACACCUGGACUAAAGUACAAUCCAUUAAUAACACCCGGCUCGUCAGAUUUCGUGCCUAUCCAGAACGCGAAGAAAUUGGCUCCCGUUCCAGAAGAAUCUGGCUCUAGACUGGUGACGCCGCCACCACGGGACAAGAACAUUAAUUACGAUGACGAAAUUAUUGAUCUUGACAGUGAACUUGAGAACUCAACAGAUCGACCAACUUGUUCUCCGUAUCACAAAUGCUAUGUUUCGUCGAAGACUCCGCCGUGUGUACUAAGAAACAACGCUAAACAAGCUGAAAAGAAGUUAAAAGAUAUUGAAGAGCUCACUGAGAGGGAAAAAUGGUACCCUCCAGAAGUGGUAGAGUUGAUGGAAAAGAUUGAAAAGCAUAUAAACAUCAUAUCACAAUUAACAGACGAAAUAGACACUUUAACUGAAAAAAGCCAAGAAAAAGAUUCACAAUUGAAAGAUUUAACCAAUAAAGUGAAAAAUACUGAACAAGAACUUCAAAGUCUUUCUACUGUUAAGUGUGAUUUAGAAAAACAAUGCAAAGAGUAUAAUACGAAAAUUACUGACUUGGAGGUUAGUUACGAGACUCUUCAAAAGAAAUUCAAAAACAGGGAACAGGAACUUUUGUCGCUGCUAGAAGAUCGAGCAUCCAAGAAACCUGACAUAAGUACAUUAAAGAGUCUGGAAAAGGAACCCUUAAAUUUCAUGGACAUGUCUAAAGAUAUUUCUCUAGUAAAUAGUGACAAUGAGAGUAGUAUCGUUAAUCCAACCGACGACGGUUCGAUCGAACAAUUACAAGAAUUAAUAAUUGGAUUACAAGACCAACUAAAAGCUAAAGAUCUUCAUGUUAAGCAAAUUCAGACUACUCUCGACACGCAAAAGCUAACAAUCGAAAGUCUAGAGAAUUCUAAUAGAAAAUUACAAGGAAUUGUCGAUAGCUCUGUAGAGAAAUUAUCACGCAUAGAAGGCGAAAAUGAAUACCUGAAGUCCACAAUUAUCUCUUUAAAUUCAAUUAUAGAAGGACAAAAUCAACACAUUGAAACUGCUAAAAAUAAUAUUGAGUCUUACAAUAGCACCAUACAAAAAUUACAGAAAGAACUAGAGAUCAAAGAAAGUAUACAUUGUGGGAAAAUAGACGACAUUGCAUUGGAAACGAUGAUUGCUAAUGAAAACAAGGUCAUUGCAAAUAAUCAAAACUUGAACAAUAUAAUACUGUCUUUCAAAGUAGCACUUGAAUCAAAGAGUGACGAAAUCAAUAGUUUAAAAACAUUACUAAAGGAAAAUGAUGAGCUUAAGUCUGAGAACAUUACAUUGAAAAAUCAACUGAACUUUCAAGGGCGACAAAUGAGCACACUCAUUAUAGAGAUGGAAACUCUAAAAGAACGAAUAACAGAAAAUUUAGAAAUGAUUAGUAGGCUAAUCACCACGGAAGAAUUACUUAACAGUAAAGUAUCCAAUCUUCAGAAGCAAAAUGAAAUUUUGCAGAAAAUGAAUCAAGAAAAAUGUAUACAGCCUCAAAAUUUGCAAGGCGAUGAAAAACUAUCAGUGGUAGUUUCUGAAAUAAAAGUAAAGGAACAAGAAGCUAAACAGUUAAAUGAAGAAAUAGAACAAGUUCGCAACGAAUUAAUUCUAAAGAAACAAGAAACGCAUGAUUUAGAAAAAAAUCUCGCGGGUCUUCAGUCCCAGGUUGAUGAACUCACCGUUCGCCACAAUGAAUAUGUAACUCGAGAUGAAGGAUUGAACCAACAAAUUGAACAAUUAACACAGGCCAUUGAGGUGCUUCAACACUUGGUACAAAUAAAGGAUCAGGAAAUAUUGAGUUUCAAAGCACACAUCGUUGAAACAGGUGACGACAAAAAUAAAUUGGUUUUACAGAACCAAGACUAUUUACAGCAAAUAUCCUCUCUUUCAAAAGAACUGGAGAUUGUCACCAAAGACCAGUUGGAGAAAAAUGAAACCAUUCGCAAAUUGGAAGAUAAAUUAUUUAACUAUAAGAGUCUGAAAAUAAGAAUAGAGGAGUUAACCGAAGAAAAAGGUAAAGUAACCAACAAUAAUAAAGAUUUAAUGAAAAAAAUUGCACACUUAUCCGAAGAACAUAAUAAAGCUCAAAAGCUUUUAGUUGAAAAGGAUCACGAAGUAGAAGACAUGAAAAGAGAAGUGAACGAAGUCAAAGAAGAAAAUACAGAUAUUAAAGCAAAAAUUGAAAAAGUUGUUAAUGAAAGAGUUGGAAUUAUUCUCAGCAAUGAGGAUUUCCCACAAAAAAUAUUACAGCUAUCAGAAUAUCUAGCCAAAAAUCAACAUGACAUCGAAACCAAAGAACAAGAUAUUCGUAAUUUACAGAUCAUCUUGGAUGAAAACGAUAAAAAAUAUAAAUACAUUCAUAUGCAGCUUGAAGAAUGUAAUCGGGGUAAACACGAUCUAUUAUGCAAAAAUGAAAAGUUGUCUCAUGAACUUGCCGUCGCUCAGAAAGACAUUAAGUUGAAGGAACAAUUAAUUUUAGAUUUAGAAACCAAAUUUAAGGAUGCCAAUGAUGCUAAAGCGGCGCUUCAAUUACAAGUAGAAGAAUUAAACCAGGCCAGUGCUGAGUUUAUGCGUUGUAAUGAUAGCCUCUCUAUACAGAUCAAACAGUUAACUGAAGUUCGCGAUAAAGUUAACAAUGAACUUGAAAUUAAGAAACAAGAGUUCAGCGCGUUGUUGUCUAAACUUACUGAGGAAAAUAAUCAUAACAAUGCAGCUCAGUCCCAAAUAGACGAAUUACAACAAGCCAAGUAUGAACUAUUGCGACGAAACGAUAAUACAUUGCAACAUGUUAAGGAAUUAAACGAAGAAAUUAAUACAUUCCAGAAAGAACUUGAAGUAAGGAACAACUAUAUCAACGAUUUAGAAAUAAAACUGAAAGAAUCUGAAAAAAACAGCUGUGAUUUAUCUAUCAAUCAAUUGCACUUUACAGAACUAAGUGACAUAAGAUAUGACCUUGUGCGUCAAAAUGAAAACUUGAAACAACAUACUGCACAGUUGAUUGAAAAAUUUAAUAACAUUCGCAGUGAGCUUGAUGUUAAAAACCAAGAUGUCAUUGACUUGGAAUCAAAAUUAAAUGAUGUAAAAGAAAACAAUGAAUAUUUACGCAACGAACUUCUACAAAAAGAAAACCUGAUUUCAUCACUUCAAAAUAGAAUUACUAAUUUGAACUUGGAAAGCCGAACCCUUACUCAAAACGAGCAAGUUGAUAUCAAAGACCGGGUAAAUGAAAUCUGUUCCUUCAAAUCUGAGAUUGAAAUUAAAGAAAAGAAAAUCGAAGAACUUGGGCACCAAAUUAAAGGUUUGAAAUUGACACUUGAAGAACAAUUUAAAAAAUCCAAUGAAUUGCAACAAGAAUUAAAAGACGCUGUUAGCAGCCGAAAAACUAUUUUGAAGAAAGUCUUCGAUUUCGCCAAGGACGUAAAAAUUGAACAAGAAAUUAGAAUUAAAAGCUCUAGUACUGAAGAAAAUGACAUUGAUUGCAUACUCGACGUUGUUCGUAGUCAUGUAAUUCCAUUAAUCACAUCUAAAGGUAACGAGCAGGAAAUUAAACAAAUGUUAUUAACAGAAAAGGAAGACAUAGAAGACUUAACUCGAAAGAAUGUGGAGCUAAUUAGUGAAUAUUCAGAAAUGGCAACAAAGAACCGGGAUUUACACAGUGAACUACAAAAAGUUAGCAAUUUGAAUAAAGAUUUACUAAACGCUACCGAAUUUAUGCUAUAUUUGAAAUCGGAAUUGUCUGACAAAUGCGAUGAGUUAACUGGUAUGAAAACUAAAGUUAAUUUUUGGAAAGGUCAAUUUACUUGUUACCAAGACUUGAUGAAAAAACAAAUGAUAGAUUUACAAUUAGAAAAGGAUAAUCUGGAAGACCUUCAAAGAAGUUGGCAACUAAGUAGUAUUCGUCGUAAUUCCCCACAAAGCCUUUUGACUAUUUGCUGUAACAAACUCAUAGAAACUUUACAACUUAAAGAAAAUUUCGUAAGUACAGAACCUGUUGCUAAACUGCAUCGAAGUGAAUCUAAUUUGGAUAUUUGUGACGUAACAUUCUCGGACUCGAAAUCAACUAUAGAACUUCGUCACGUUGAAUCCAGUACGCAAAUUUGUUUAUGUUCUGAACUAACUUUAGAGCUGCAAUUGGCUAAAACAGAAAACGAGAAACUGAAUAAAAUUAUAAAAGAUCUUGAAACCUAUAAUAAAUAUCUACUCAAAGAAAAAGAAGAAGUUCGUAAAGAAAUCCAGCAGUUAGUGGAGCCUGUCAUCGAUCUACAAAAGAAAAUAACUAAUCAUAGAACUAACCUGUCUACUUUGACAGCUACUACAUACGCUGAAAAUAAGCUACUGAACUCUCAAUUAAAAGUAUUAAAACAUUACCAUACACGAUACAUCCACGUUUGUCAACGGGAUAUACCAGCUGUCAAAUCUCAGUUGCAUGAAUUGAUGUCGAUUCUCAAAGACAACAGCUCCUUUCUUGAUAAACAGAACUCGAGUUUUAAGAGAUAUUCUUUGCCUGACGUUCUGGAUAAUAAUAGCAUGAUUACGAACUUUAAGAACGAGUCUACGUUAGAUGGAGAUCUUUUAAUGUUAGAUACAAACGUAACAUUGACUACAAGUGCCGAUAAUACUCUAAUAGGCCAAGGCUUAUUAGAGUGUUCUCCAAAACCAGAUCGAACUUGUCUUGACGUUACUCAAAUACAUUUUGAUAGCGAAGUGGCCUGUCAAACUAACGACUUGAGUAAGAUGAUCGACCCAUAUACACUUUCCUCCCAAAUUGAAAGUCUCACAGACGAUAACCAAAAAAUGAUUGCUAUUUUAGAAGCACUUACAGAAGAAAAUGCAAAAUUAAAAGAGGAAAUGAACAAUCGCAGAACUGAAACAAAUUCUUCUCGAACUGUAGAUACUCAAAGUAGUCCUAUUAAAUUUAAUGAGACUUGUAAUGAUAGUAUCUCUAAAAUGGUUUCCGAGAAAUGCAAACGUGAACAAGAAGUUGACAAAUUACAUAAUCAAAUGAAAAGUCUUACUCAAGAAUUACAAGAAGCUGUGGCUCACAAAAUUUCUAUAGAAAAAAAGUAUAACGACCUGGUUACAGAAAUGCCAGCAGUUACUACUUUAGCAAAGAAACUCAGUGAUACAGAAAUUGAUUGUCAAAAUAAAAUGCAAGAAGUUGUAAAAUUGACUAAAGAUUUAAGCAAAAAGAACAGUUUCAUCAAAGAACUUCAGGAGGAAAAUGACUCAUUAUCAACGCAACUCAUGGAAGGUAUAACCGAAGCCGAUGACCUCAGAAAAGAACUGGAUACGCUUAAAAACAGCUAUAGUCAUCUUAUAGAGAAGUGUUCUCACUUAGAGAAAAUAACAAAAGAAUCUAGAUACAAUGACUAUAAAGAAAAUGAUAAAUGUUCUCAGUGUGCAAACAAAGACAUUAUUAUACAGUCAUUAAAAAAUAAACAUACAACAGCUCCACAUUCAAAAUUAAACAGAAGUCUCAGUGACUCUGAGAGUUCAUCCAGACUCAACAAAUUAAAUACUUUACAAAGUGAAUUACAUGCGAGUAAAGAAGACUGCAAGAAAAUCACCGAAGAAGUUUCGACUAUAAAAAACCAUUUAGAACAAAGUAAUUUAUCAAUGUCUCAAGCUAUGGAUUUGGAUGAAAGCAUGGGCGAGUCCAAAAUUUUCUCAUUUUCUAAGUCUGAUGAGCAGCACCUAAAUAGAUUUAUGCCUAGCAUUCCAGAGGAAAGGCCAAUAGACUCCUAUACUCUUGACAAAAUAGAUUGUAUCAACUUUUACGCUGAUAAAACCGGCAUAGACAAAGAAAAUCUCACUCAUGAUAUGAAAAUUAUAGAUGUUCUGGAAUUGUUGUACGAUAAUCUUAUUGCUAAGCAUGGAAAUGAAGUACAAAAUUUAUUUAAUAAACUUAGAGAUUUCGAAGACACGAAAAAUCUGUUACAAUCUCAAAUUGGUAAUAUUACAGCAGAAAACUUGCAAAUGACCAAAUCAUUAAAAGAGAAAGAAAACGAUGUUAAAAAUAUUACGAAUGCUUUUACACAAAUCAUCAGUAAUAUAAACACCACAGGUGAUGUUUCUGACAAUAAUCAAUCAAGCAUAGUGUCACUUUUCAAGGACAAUUACCUGGAAGUCAUUGACAAAGCAUUUGAUCUGUCUAGCAAGAGCAUAUUUGAAUCAUUAAUAAACAGUAUAGAUAACAAACACCAAAAUGACUUGAAAAACAUAAUGGAAAAAUAUUCUAAAUUACAAGAUCAAUUGGGAAGUGUCUUUGUAGAAUUGAACGACGUUAGUAAAAAUUUUAAUGUUAUCAAAGAACAACUAUCCACUAAAGAAAACGAAUAUAACCUAUUGAAAGACCAGAAAGAAAGAAUCCAUGAGAUAAGUAACGCCGUUACUUUAGAUAUAGUCCAAAGGGACCACGAGUUAGGCGAGAUAGUGAAGAAUAGCUAUGAUAAAUUGGUAGCAUUGAAAAUGUUAAGUGCUUUCGAUAUGAGACCAAACCUGACUGUGAAUGAAAAGGUUAAAUUGCUUCUUGAUGGUUUAACCCAGUGCGUUAUUAAAAUAAAAUCUGAACGGGAUCAACUUCAAGAGAUGGAGAAUUUGAAAACAGCUUUUGAGGUAAAACAAACAGAGCUUGAAUCUUUGAAAAUGGAGUUGGCAGAAAAAGAAAGAAGUCUACGAAAUCAAACAGUCUUGUACGACGAUUUGAGCAAACUUUACCAACAUAAUUUAGAACAAAACAAAGACAAAAUGGAAAUGUUAAAGACGGAAAUUAACGUGUUAAAAGACACGUUAUCAAAGAAAGUAGAACUAAUAGAGAUUUUAGACGGUAAAUUGAGCUCAAAACUGGAAGAAAGCUUUUCGGAAAGUAUCAAUGAGUUUAUGCAGAAAAUACAAACCUUGGAACAAGAGAAUGCUAAUUUAAAAUCUGUUAACCAAAUAAUAGCAAAAGAGAAGCAGAUCCUUGUUUUGGAAUUGGAGAAGUCUGGUGAGAUGAUCAAGAAUUAUAAGAUGGAUAUGGACAAGAUGACGACUGACAUUAUUGUUUUAAAGGAAUCAGUGUCCGAAAAUAUGGCUAUUGUGGACAGUUUGACGCUGGAGUCCAAGUCUUUGCUAGAGAAUAAUGUACUGUUGAAGAAACAGUAUGAAGAAAAGUGUCAGGAUUGCUUGCGGCUUGAAACCAAUAUUAAGAUUCUUGAGAAAACAGCUGAAAUACAGAACAAGACGAUUCUGAGAUUACAGAAGAAGGAUGAAGAUGAUAAAGCAAUCACGGAGAAACAAAUCGUAGAAUUACAAGAUCAAGUCAAGAUUUCUGGAGAAGAAAUCGAGAAACUGAAGAACUGUAACGCGUCUAUGGAGACUCGUAUAGCUGAACUACAAGGUGAAAUAGAGGAAGGGUUGAAACGACGUCAGUCCAUAGAGGCAAAGGCAGAAAACACACGGCGCAGGCGCCAAAGUAUUCAUGAUUCCAUGAGGAUAUUAUCUGAUGAAGCAAUUGACCACAACAAGCUAGAAGCGGUAUUUGAUUCUCGGCCGAAACCGGACGACUUGUUUAUGGAAGUUGACGACGAUAGUUCUAAUAGGAGCACUCCACACAGGCUUAGCAAGGGGCGAGACAGCUUCCCGUCUAGACAAGAUCAGAGCGACUCGGAGGGUGCCUCGCGACCGAGCAGCGUCCAGGCGACGCGGCGCCGCCGUCAAAGCAUCCACGACCAGCACAGGGGCUCGCUGCAGCACCCGGCGGAGGUCAACGAUCAUUCAACACUAAGGCUGAUUGAUGAAAUGAACAACGCAAAAACUGUAACAACUGAUAAUAAAGACAGUGAAGUCGCCCAACUGCGGGAGAGUCUCGCGUCGUGCCAACGGGAGCUGGAGGAGCUGAAGGAGCGCUACCGCGAGCUGGACGACGAGUGCGAGACCUGCGCGCAGUACCUGCGCGAGCGCGACGACCAGUGCGCCAGGCUCAAGCGGGAGAAGGUCGCUCUCGAGCACCAAGUAGCGGAACUAAAUGAGAAACUAAGGGGCAAUAAGAGCUUUAAUACGAGUGCCAUGAAAGUUACAUUUGCGCACGCGUCUGUCAAUACCGAUGAAGAUUGGGCCAACCUUCACUCAGUGGUUGUAGACCGCAUGUCGUUCGACGCCGAAGUCGAGAAGAACAAGAAACUCACACGCACCAUCGAGGAACUUCGCUAUAAGAAGCAAGAACUCAAGAACACACUCGCUAAGAUGCAAAAGACUGCGGGAAAGCAUAUCCAUUACAAGGAUGAAAGGGAAAUAGAAGCAAUUAAAGCAGAGUUGAAAACGUGUAAAGAAGAGCUAGCAGAACUGAAGGAGCGGUACAAAGAGCUCGAUGAUGAGUGCGAGACUUGUGCUAUGUACUUGCGCGAGAGAGAUGAGCAAUGCCGCAAGUUAAAAGAGGCGAAGAUGGCGCUUGAGGCGAAACUGGAGGAGUUUCAAGACCACGGCAUUGGACUCUCAGCUCGAAAGAAGCGACAGAGUUUGUACGAUCAGAACCGCAGCCCGGCAGUGGAACUUGUCGAUGCUUCUACUGAAAUCAGCGACGACCUUCUGACUUACCUAGUGGAACGAGACAACUCCCUAAAGGCAACUGAUAACUUGCAGCCUUCCAAUAGUGAAUUGAAACGACUCAAGACGGCUCUAGAAAAAGCGCUAAAAGACAAAGCAACUCUAGAACAACAAGUAUUGUCAAUGGGAGUACCACAACACCCGCAAGUUCAUCCGACUAUGUUCGUCUCCACUGGCAGUGCUAUCGUCCAGAAUCAACAACUGACAGAUGUGAUGCGUGAAAAUCAAAAACUGAAGAAGAUGAACGCUAAUCUUAUUAAGAUUUGCAAGAAACGAAGUAAGUCUGCUAAUAAUGAGAUUAACAGAGAAAAUGAGGACCCUGUAAGGCAAGACUGACGUAAAAAUAAUUGAGAUAUGCAUGUGAUUAGUAUUAAAUAUGACGCCGUUUAUAAAUAGCUCGUUUCGUUUACUGCAGACACUAAACGAUAAAUGGUAUCGUCGUUGAUGGUAACAUGGACUACAUAAUAAAAAGCGAAACGAGGCACUUUUGUUUAGCAAUGGUUGUUCAGGCGUCAGGCGUUCUGCGUUAUUGUUUUUAUAAUUAAAAUUAAUUACGAGACUAUACUCUGCUAGACAGAGUGAAUUUGUCUUGACAAUUUUCCUAUUUUUGAGUAGCUAAUCUGAGGUUUAGCGCUAUUAUUACAUUGAAAUAAUUACGAGGUAAAUUAAAAGUCUUAGCAUUUUUCUAUUUAUGGUGGUUAAUGUCUACAUUAAAAUAAUAACAAUACUAUUAUAAUCAGCUAGGCUUAUUGCACGA